CACGAGGCGGGCGUACCGCGGGAUGAGGAUCAUGUGUAGUCCACGCGCUGAAACUGGGUUAGUGCGAGCAGCGGAGCAGGAGAGAGCUGGAAGAAGAAGAGCCGCCACCGCUCGUUUAACACAUCUAGUUUUAUCGCAGCUGCAAGGGGAAAGUAGCAUAUAACAAACAGGCAUCGUUGAUUUAUACGCUAAUAAGGCCAGAGUGAGUUUAGAGAGGGUAAAAAAUAAAUAAAUAAAUAGGAUUUGGUAUUUUGGCAGUUUUCAGCUUAUCUUGCUUGAAGUGAAUAAAUGCCCGUCGCUCUCUGUGCUUUCUUGAUUUUUUUCCACUUGGAGUUACAUGCCCUGGAGAGUUGAUUAAACUCCACCGAAGAAAUGAGAGCUCAAAUAGAAGUCAUUCCCUGUAAAAUCUGUGGGGAUAAAUCAUCAGGAAUCCACUAUGGUGUUAUCACCUGUGAAGGCUGCAAGGGUUUCUUUCGACGCAGCCAGCAAAACAAUGCUAUGUACUCCUGCUCAAGACAAAGGAACUGCCUGAUUGACCGGACCAACCGAAACCGUUGUCAACACUGCAGGCUGCAGAAGUGUCUUGCUCUUGGCAUGAGCCGUGACGCAGUGAAAUUUGGUCGCAUGUCCAAAAAGCAGCGUGACAGCCUGUACGCAGAGGUCCAGAAGCACCAGCAGUCACAGGAGUGCGCUGGAGUCGGCUCCCGCGAGGACAAUGGAGACCUAGCAGAGCACGGCCGCACCUACAGGAGAGGCUCCAGCGCCACGCUCAGCGACCUGGACGACAUCACAACCUUGCCGGAGGGCCUGCUUUUUGACCUGCCCCUCACCCCAGAGGAUGCAGGUGGAGAUUACUGCAGCCUGGAAAUGCUGGGAGGAAGUGCAGGGAGCAGCUCGUCCUCUCAGAGCUCUCCAGAGCAGACCAGCUUGGACUUUAUUGACAGCAACCACAGCAUCAAACACGAGUACCAGCUGUUGCAUGAUUCUGGACUCUUCUCUCAUGCCAUCCUCAACCCUCUGCCAGAGGGCUGCUCCCUUUUGGAAAUAGAGCAUAUAAUCCAGAGUGUAGUGAAGUCCCAUGUUGAGACAAGCCAGUACAACACAGAGGAGCUGAAGAGGAUGGCAUGGAACAUCUAUAAUCCAGAAGAGACUCGUUCAUACCAGACCAAACCAGCUGAAGUGAUGUGGCAGCAGUGCACGGUUCACAUCACCAACGCAAUUCAGUAUGUGGUGGAGUUUGCCAAACGCAUCUCUGGCUUCAUGGACCUCUGUCAAAAUGAUCAGAUUAUUCUACUUAAAGCAGGGUGCAUGGAUGUCCUUCUGAUCCGUAUGUGCCGAGCCUACAACCCCAUCAAUAAUACACUGCUUUUUGAUGGAAAGUUUGCGAGUGCUCAUCUUUUUAAAGCUCUUGGCUGUGAUGACCUUGUGAAUGCUGUGUUUGACUUAGCAAAAACUAUGAGUCGUAUACAGAUGUCAGAUGACGAGAUGGCUCUGUUCAGUGCUGCGGUCCUUCUGUCUCCAGACCGACCUUGGCUGACAGAUGUCCAGAAGAUCCAUAAACUGCAGGAGAAAGUUUAUGUGGGUCUGCAGCGCUGUCUGCAAAAAGAGGGUGCGUCAGAGGAGAAGCUAGCAAAGAUGGUGUCUAAGCUUCCCAUGAUGAGGUCCAUUUGCAACCUCCACAUAGAUAAGCUGGAGUUUUUCCGUCUAGUUCACCCUGAGACGGCAUAUGCCUUCCCUCCUUUGUACAGGGAAGUUUUUGGGAGCGAAAUUACCUUCCCGGACUCUACCGAGGGCUAGUUUAGCUUCUCAGCUAAAUGGUGUGAUUAAACCUAGUGACACUGAGGUGUAUUUAGAGGAAGAUGAAAAUGUGGUGACCGUCAUACGGCAAAACCAACCAGCCCAAUGACAAUCCUGCACGUUACACUUUAGUGCACACUCCUCUCACCUCUGAAGUCCAAACCCUGUGGAGUAGCUUUCACCGCCUUGCAGGCCAAACCUAUUAACUCAACAAAAUGGGAGAAGUUGCUGGGUCGCCAGUGCACGUUACCUCCUUUGUAAAGAAGUGAAGAAACCAUUGAGCAGUAGCCUACAUUGUUUUUGUUUUUUUUCACAAAAAUAUUUUUCUAUAAGACACCUUUAACUGCUUGUUGAGUUUAAUUCCUUUUUGGCGUAGUCUUUGUUACCUUCACAGCCCAUGAAAGUGAUUGUUGAAUGUACCCCCCCACUUACUGCAACCAUUCAUAAUAUACUAGAAUGUAUGAACCCAUAGUAAAAUCCUCACCCUCUCUGGGAAAUUAGCAGUAAUGAUGCCUGCUUCAGGUUAGUGCAGAAACAGUUGUUGCUUCUUUGUGUAUACUUAGUAGCACCCACACAUUGCUGUUUUUGUAACAUGAACAAGCUUAAAGGGACCAUGAUCAAACUCUGAAGCGGGAAGGUUUUUUUUAAUUUUUUUUAUUGUAAGUCAUUUUCAAACCCACAAACACAUUUAACCUACAGCACAAAAGAUAGCACUUAUGCUAAAAUCUGAUUAGUUGUUUGUACGAGCACAACUUUAGAUUUGUCAGUGUACUGUGAGUUGUUGCUUUUUUAUGUAAUUAAUGACCUCAGUCCAAAUCCCUUUUCCCCUUUUCCAAAUGCCACUUAGAAAGUGAGGUAAUUACAGAGGUAUUGUGUAAGUAUUUUCAGAUGUACCUUUUUAUAUAUAAAGUAUAUUUAUAUAUAGAAACAUCUAAAAAGUGUAAAUUAAGAGCAGAGUUUAUACCAGAUGACAGUCAUUUUCUUCUGCUCCAGUUGUCUGGUCCGCUGUUUCUCGAAGAAGUACAAUUGUAGCAGAAAUGAAAAAAGAAGGUGGUUAAUUACUACUUACAAGUUCUUGCUAGGAUCCAAAUAAACCAACCUGGCACAAGAUUUUGCGUGCUAGUAGUGUAACUGCCAGCUGUAAAACCUAUAUUAAACCAGACAGAAAGUCUACAACCGCUCUCCUACUUUGGCUGAGCAGAGCCCUGACCACUGUGGAGAGUUUUCUGGAAGUGCCACAUCUCAGCCCGUUCUUCACAAAUAUCGUUUUUUUUUACUGGCUAAAACUCCAACUGAGACUCAACCAAAAUGUUCAAAAGCUGUGAAGAAAUGUACGAGCUGAAAAGAUAAUAAACUAUAAAAAAUGAAGGGACAAAGAGUUUGAGAUGGCGAUGUUGGAUAGGAGUGUCCUUUAAGCUCCCUACAGCCUCGUUGCUUUAGGGUUUGGGCCAAUUAAAUGUUUUGAUCAGAGAUUUUGUAACUUGUAUUCCUUACUCCCAGCUCCCUUACUACCUCACCUUCUCCAAACACUAGAUGGCAAAGCACAGGGUUGACAGAGCCAUCAGCUACCCCCCUGAGUUAAUACGUACAGUAUGCAUUCAAAGAGAGCCUCAAAAGUAGUAAAAUAAUGCUGGUGAAACUGGAAAGAAACUGAAUAAAACUCUUUAUCUUUUUGUGCUAAAGACAUCUCUUUGACUGCUGCUCUGUUUACUUCAGAGCACUGUAUGCCUUUAGUUCCAGGAAGCCUUGGACAUACACAGAUCUAUCUUGAGUUAGAUCUCUAGAGAUGCCUGCAGGCAUCAUGAAAACUUUUCAUUUGAAGUCGACGGCUGUAUUAGAUUUCUGUAAAACAAUAAAUCUUGUGUACCAGCAGCCCAAAGAGGCCGUGAGAAAUUAAAUUAAAUCUCUAUAUUUGGAGUCCUAAGACAAUCACAUGACAGAUGUUGGAUGUUGUCUAUCUCAGACUAAUCUUUAAGCUGAGUUGGCUUAGCACUGCUGGGACAGUGCUGUUGACCGUUUAUUAUUUCAUGCAGCAUGAAGGGAGACGUCUCCCUUGUUUCGGUACUUAAGAUUGUGGCAUUGUGGGAUUGUGCAAUAAUGUCCUUCCCAUUGUUCUCAGUAUGUCGGGCCUCAGUUGCCGCGUAUUACAGUCAAUGUUUUCUCUCGCACUCCAGCAUAAUAACCUCACUGCUCCGCGAAUAUUCUUAUUCCUAGCAUAAUGUACCAAAUACUUAACUGCUAUCUUUGUAGAUCAGACAAUCCGGUUACAUGGCAUUUACAGAUUGUAACAAAGUGCACUGCUUUGUGUUUCAGGCCUGAGAAUGUUAAACGUGUAGUUUAUAAAGAAUUCUAUAUGUAUGUAUCAAUUUUGCAGGAUUAAAACAGUCCAGAGGGCGGGACCUAUGAUCAGCACUUUCAUGUCCCUUUAGACUCACUCAGGGAGAUAGCUGGGCUCUCUGUCCUACAGCGUCUGCAGUUAGUCGAGCUAGCCGGACACCUUGCACCAACAAAAAAGACCUUUAAACCUUGAUCACUGUGUACAGUACAUGUUUUUGUGAAUGUUUGAUUACAGAAGUAUCAAAGAUUUUACCCCGUGUCUGAUAUCAUUAUUGCAAGACUUUUUUUUUUUUUUUUUGUUGAAAACAUAGAUUAAAUAGGAGAUUAAAAAAAACAAAAAACAACAAUAACAGAUUAAUUGUAAUCUCUGAUUUCUAUGUUGGUUUUGUUGUGAUCUUAUGUUUCUUGAUUUUUAUCCUCCAUUGUUGUACUGUUGUUAUUUUUGCAUCGGUUAGUGUCCUUUUUUCUCUCAGAGAGAUGUAAUUCUAUUUUUUUUAAGAGUUUUUAAAGAUGUCUCUCUAAAGGUUUCUCAUUCGUCAUGAUCCUCCUGUUUAUAAUCUUCUGACUUUAUUUUAAGAUUAUUACUGUUGUUAAAUCAAGAUAGAUUUUAAUAUGAAAUAAUUUAUGUCAUUGGUUGUGAAACCUAAAAGGUUUUAACACAGUGAAGUGUUGUUGCACAAUGGUGAUACUGUAUGUGGAUUUAAGAAUGUAAUAAAAGUCUUUUUACAAGUGAAA